UAUAAAAUUCAACCUUCCUUUCUUGUAUUCAGCACUUUUUCCAUCCCUCCAUCUAUCACACUAGCCUGUGGCACUUCAUGAUCUAAUACCAAGAAUACUAGAAGAGCUUCCAAACUGACUUCCUUAUAUCCAUUUGGACUUUUUCAUAUAUUAAUUUUUAUGAGACAGAGCCUUGCUCUGUCCUCCAGGCUGGAGUGCAGUGGCACCAUCACGGCUCACUACAGCCUUGACCUCCCCAGGCUCAAGCAAUCCUCCUACCUUAGCCUCCCAAGUAGCUGGGACCACACACAUGCACCACCAUGCCCUGCUGAUGCUUUGUGUUUUUUUGUAGAGACGGGGUUUCAACAUGUUGCCCGGGCCAGUCUCAAACUCCUGGGCUCUAGCAAUCCACCUGCCUCAGCCUCCCGAAGUGCUGGGAUUACAGGUGUGACCUACCACACCUGGCUUGGACUUUUUUAUUUAAAAAAAUCUAAUCACAUAAUCUACUUCCAAAGGCUCAUUUUUCAAAAUCAGAUAUUGUGCCACAAUAUACUGAGAGUCACGGCUGAUAACACACCAAACCAGUUACAGAAUUUCAGAGCUGGGAGCAUUCUUGGAUAGACUCUAUUUCAACGUCCUCAUUUCAUGGACAAGGAAGUGAUUGAAGCUCAGAAAAAUGAAGUGUAUGUAACAGUUUUUCUCCCUCCGUAUCUCUUAUAUACAUUAUUAAAUGACGUGUAUCAGGCUGGGCACAGUGGCUCAUAAUCCCAACACUUUGGGAGGCCGAGGCGGGAGGAUCGCUUGAGCCCAGGAGUUCAAUGUUUAUAGUGAGCUAUGAUCAUGUCACUCUGCACUCCAGCCUGGGUGAGAGAGCCAGACAUAUCUCAACCAAGUAAGUAAGUAAGUAAGUAAUACUAAUAACUAACUACCACGUGUCAGCUCAACCCACCAGCCUCUUGCUCAGCAAGUACAGAUACUGUGUAUGGAGGGCUCUAGGCUAGAUGCUUGGGAAUCCAGAGAGGAAUAAUCAACAGUUCUUCCCCCAUGGCACACAGCCUACACGUGGCUUUUUCCUUUGGCAUCUGGACCACACCACCUCUGAGGGCUAAUAAUGCAGCCUGUGGUCCAGGCAACACCUUGCCAUUCUAUCAAGACAAGGCUCACUGACCCCAUGCUGCAGUGGCUAGAAAGAAUGGCUAGCAGCAGUUCCCAACCAGUAGCAAUUUUCUUUCCUAGGGGACCUUUGUCAAUGUCUGGUUUUAGCUGUCACACUGGGAGGAGUGGGUGCUCCUGGCAGCCAGGGACUCGAGGUCAGCCAUACUGCCAGACAGCCCACAGUGCACAGGACAGCCCGCGCCGCACAGCCACGUCCACAGUGCUGAGGCUGAGAAGCCCUGGGCUAGAAACCCUUAGCGCCAUUGGCGUUGCCCUGCUCAGAGCACCCUGGGCAGUCCUCGGUGAGCCUGUGCUCUCCUGGAAGGCCGAGAGCCUCACUCUCCUGACCCACGAUCCCCCUCCUCCAACCCAGGAGUGCACGCCACCCCUCAAACCCUAUCUUAAAUACCAAGACUCACCUCUCCCACGGAGCAAGGAUGGCCGUUGGGACAAGCUGUGAAGAGAACAGGACACACAUUGGCUAAUGAGGUUUCACCCAAUGACCCACAUUGAAAAGGGAAAGCUAACUCUCUACUCUCUGGCCCUGACCACAAUAUGAGAAUGACUGUCCAGAGCAUCCCACGCUAAUUUGUUAAGUUACAUGACACCUGCCUGAAGCUUAAUAAAUGUAUGUUGUCAGUGAAAAA